AUGCCGUCAGAUUUGGCCAAGAAGAAGGCAGUGAAGAAGACUCGCCAGCGCACCAAGAAACCGGACGAGAUGAGCGAGGAGAGUGAACAAACGGAAAACCAGGAGACUGGAGCAGAGAGUAAUGGGGUGGCUGGCCUGGCUCAGGAACUGGAUGAGUUUGAGCUGAGGAGGACAGAGGCGCGUGCGGUGACGGGGGUGCUGGCAUCUCACCCCAACAGCACUGAUGUCCACAUCAGCAGCCUUUCACUCACCUUCCACGGGCAGGAGUUGCUUAGCGACACCAGCCUGGAGCUCAACUCUGGACGACGCUAUGGCCUCAUCGGACUCAACGGCACGGGGAAGUCCAUGCUGUUGUCGGCCAUUGGUCACAGAGAGAUCCCCAUCUCCGAGCACAUAGACAUCUACCACCUGACCCGGGAAAUGGCGCCCAGUGACAAGACGGCCCUGCAGUGUGUAAUGGAGGUGGACCAGGAGAGGAUCAUGCUGGAGAAGGAGGCAGAGAGACUGGCUCAUGAAGACUCGGAGUGUGAGAAGCUGAUGGAGCUGUAAGAGCGCCUGGAGGAGCUGGAUGCAGACAAGGCAGAGGUGCGGGCCUCCAGGAUCCUCCACGGCCUGGGCUUCAGCGCCUCCAUGCAGCACAAGAAGCUCCAGGACUUCAGUGGAGGCUGGAGGAUGAGGGUGGCUCUGGCCAGGGCCCUGUUCAUCAAGCCCUUCAUGUUGCUGCUGGACGAGCCCACCAAUCACCUGGACCUGGACGCCUGUGUGUGGCUGGAGGAGGAGCUCAAGGCGUUCAAGCGAAUCCUUGUGCUCAUCUCUCACUCUCAAGACUUCCUGAACGGUGUGUGCACCAACAUAAUCCACCUGCAUCAGAGGAAGCUAAAAUACUACACAGGUAAUUACGACCAGUACAUAAAGACCAGGGAGGAGCUAGAGGAGAACCAGAUGAAGCGUUUCAACUGGGAACAGGACCAGAUAUCACACAUGAAGAACUACAUCGCCAGGUUUGGUCAUGGCUCUGCUAAGUUGGCCAGACAGGCGCAGAGCAAAGAGAAGACUCUGCAGAAGAUGGUGGCCUCAGGCCUGACUGAACGAGUAGUGAAUGACAAGACUCUGUCACUGUAUUUUCCUCCCUGUGGGAAGAUUCCUCCUCCGGUUAUCAUGGUUCAGAACGUCAGCUUCCAGUACAGCGACAACACUCCUCACAUAUACAAGAAUCUGGAGUUUGGUAUCGAUCUGGACACACGAGUGGCCCUGGUGGGGCCCAAUGGGGCGGGGAAGUCCACACUGCUCAAACUGUUUAUGGGAGAGCUCCUUCCCACUGAUGGCAUGAUCAGGAAACACUCUCACGUGAAGAUUGGGAGAUAUCACCAGCACCUCACAGAGCAGCUGGACCUGGACCUGUCUCCUCUGGAGUACAUGAUGAAGUGCUACCCCGAGAUCAAGGAGAAGGAGGAGAUGAGGAAGAUCAUCGGCCGCUACGGCUUGACUGGAAAACAACAGGUGAGCCCUAUCAGGAAUCUGUCUGACGGUCAGAAGUGUCGUGUGUGCUUUUCCUGGCUGGCCUGGCAGAACCCCCACAUGCUGUUCCUGGACGAGCCCACCAAUCACCUGGGCAUCGAGACUAUCGAUGCCCUGGCGGACGCCAUCAACGAGUUUGAGGGCGGCAUGAUGCUGGUCAGCCACGACUUCAGACUCAUCCAGCAGGUGGCACAAGAGAUCUGGGUGUGUGAGAAGCAGACCAUCACCAAGUGGAACAGGGACAUUCUGGCUUAUAAAGAGCACUUGAAAUCCAAGAUUGAUAAGCAAACACAUGAUAUCUAGAACCUCCUACCUUCCAUUUGUGACACUUUGCCUCAAACCUCCUGGACAUGGAUAUGUCAGGGAUCCUGCUUUGUGAAACAUCUGACAGUACUCAGCUGUAGCUGCACUCUGAUUGGCUGAUGUAGCAUCUCAAUGCAUUAUGGGAUGCUUUUUGGUAUACUGGCAUCAGAAAAAAAUAUUUUGUAUUUUUCAAAAACAAGUUACAUUUGAUAAAAAAAAAGCUUUCAGGUCAAAUUGUAUAAUAUUUAAAAGUACAUUUCCCUACCCAUAUGAAAGAUAUUUUGCCUUGUCUUUUUAUUUAACUAUAUGUACUUGAUAUAAUGGUUUGUCUGAAUAAAUCUAUUUGCAAUGGGGUAUUUACAGUUGCUUUGAUUAUUAUGAUGUGCAUGAAACAAACUAAACAUUCAAAACAGUAUUUAUUUCUUCUGCAUUUGCCUUUGAAAAUGUACAGUGCUCUUAUCCAAAACCAUUUACAUUUUGGGGAAAAAUAAACUGUCCAGUAUUUUACAUCUCUGUAAACAUAAGAGACGCAAAACUCAAUUUCAUAUUACAGAAGGUGCAUUGGUGCUCAUGAACCCAGCCACUCAUGCAAUAUGCAUCAUGGCCAACUGUCGACCAACACAUCGACCAACUC